AUGGACGACGACGCUAUAACUACUGAAUUCAAGCCAAAGUCUAGACGACGAGAUAUCAAUGAUGUCCGAGCUGAAAGGAAGCGUGAGCUUGAUCGCCUGGCUCAGCGUGCCACUCGGGAACGCACCAAGAACAGGAUCGCCUUCCUGGAGCAGAAGCUCGCCAGCUUGGAAUCAUGCGACCGAGAGUCAACCAUCAGCCAGCUGACCAAGACCAUUGAUGACCUGAGGAACGAUAACACUCGACUUCAGGGAGCGAUGAUGAAGAUGCGAUUUGCCAUCAACGAGGCCCUCGAUGGGACCGAGGCACAGACUAAUGGCCGAAAGUGCGCUUGUGGGAACAAGACUAGAUGUACAUGUCUGGGAAAGACCGAGAGCACCUCCAGCGGGACACCCCAGCCAGGCUUCGGUUCUCCCGACGAUGAUGUGGUUGACCUGCCCCAGGAUCCGCCCGUACCAUUGCAAGACGGAAUUCUCGGCAUCUGGCCCACCACAAAUUCAAUGCAUAUGAGUGGUAUCGAGGAGUUUCUGGGCCUCCAGCCAAACACCAUUCCGCCACCUGUUUACGACAUGGCCGUCCAGGGAGGCAUUAUGCAGAACCCGUGGCAGCAAUUGCCCGCUAGCACAUCGCCACCCUCUCUUCUGAAUUUUCAGCUUCCCCCAGCAAACAGUGCCCAGGGUUUAACCAUCGCUCCCGAUUUUGAGAAAUGGCACGUUUCAAACGGCGCCUUCAUUGGCGCCAUGGAUGCGGUCAAGAAACACCUCGCAAGCAACAAAACCCUUGACCUGCACGUCCCCUUCCGUGCUGGUCUUUGGGGUUGGGACUCGAUCCCGGAGCACGAACUCAACCACCCCGUCUGGUCCGCGCUACGAGCUGUCGACCAGAAAGUCUUUGGAACCUGGACGAACAAGGCCGCUCGCAUUGCUGUCAUGUAUGCCUGUCAGACCUUGCUGCAGUAUCGUGAGGUGCCCAGCAAGGAGAACCUCGACCGCGUUCCCAAAUAUCUACUAGCACGCCCCAGCCAACAGCGGAUCCAACAUCCUGCCGUCAUCGACUAUCUUGUCUGGCCUGGGCUGCGCGACCGCCUCGUCUUCGAACACGACAAGUACACUCGCACCGGCGCCUUCUCUGCUGCUUUUGUCAAAUACUCGCACUUCGACUGGCCGUAUAGCGAGCGCGAAAUCUAUGCCCUCAACGCCAAUACGGGACAAUGGGAGGUCAGCAAGCUGUUUCUAGACCACGUCUAUGAUUACAGUAAGUGGACCAUGAAACCAGAAUUCUUCCAAUUAUUCCCAGAGAUGAUUCAUGAUAUGAACAUCUACGAAGGCGACGAGCAAACGGCGAUCAGCACGGACCAACAUUGGGGACCGGCAGCAGUGGUGUGA